GUCGGGAAAUGGUAAUAAUAUUAGCCUAGAGUUUAACUUACUCUUAUUACGAGGCAGACACUAUGUCCAGUCAUAGAAAGGGUUGCUAACAUAGUGUCAAUAGACCCCCCCCUCCCUAUAUGGUAGGUAGGUAUAUUAGAUACCUCAACGUAUGUGUGUAUGUGUGUGCUCUUCUAUGAACAAUCUCUGCAACUGAAACUGAACCGUCGCCCUUCUAACGCGCAACUCUGAAACAUGUCGUUGCAAGAACACCAUCAUUCGAAAUCAUCACAUCGCCGUCCAGAUAUGCGUGAGCACCACAAGGCCCAUCGCGAGGAGGAGAGGAAGGUCGAGCUCAUCGAUCUUGACGAGCACCAGUCGCGCCGACGCAGAGUCAAGCUCAGCGUGACCAAGACAUCGCGGCUCGGCGAUGUAGCAGCGUCUCUGAAGAAAAAGUUCCCGAGCGGAGAGCAGCAGAUCUCGGAUGGAGCCGAGAUCAAAAUUUGCCACGGUGGCGCCUAUCUGGAUGGACACGACAUCCCUGAGGGGGCCUCGCUUCUGCACUACCGAGUACUACCACCAGGUGAUGACGGCAGCCUGCGGGCAGUUUGCGGUGCCACCAUCAGGCUCCGCAAGACGCAGCUGGAGACGAUUUCGCGCGAGGCCAGGGCGGGGAAGACGGUGGGUAGCAUACGUAGUACCGUCGCAGCCCUGCUGCAGGCCUCGAGCGCAAAGGACAAGCAGCCCGCGCCCGACGCAAACCAGAUUGUCGUCCAGGCGGCUGGCGGCCUGGCACCCAAGUUGCUCUACGGGAGCAAUUGGGAGGCGCGCACAGUGCAGACGUCGCUCUGCCGUUACCUGAAGCUCGACGUGCAGCCCAAGUACCUCGUCCUGCGCGGAUUUAACGAGACAUAUCUCUGGCACAGCCCGCAGCUCGACUGGCACGGCCACGUUGACCUCCACGCGCUCAGGACCUGGCUGAGGCGAGAGGUGCUGGCCCUGGCCCGUUCCUCGAGGCCGCACCGGCACAGCGUCGACAGCCACGAUAUCAGAUUGAUCUUCCGCGGCAGGGUGGUCAAUAUGUUCUCCCGCAUCCGCCCGGGCCACACCGUCGAGUUUGAGAUCCCCCGCGCCGCCGAAGCGCUAUUCCUCCGCGCCGAGGCGCCGCUCGUCCCCCUCACGGAGACGUGCAGCGUGUGCGGCGACGGGAAGCGGGUCUCCGAGAUGCCAAACCGCCGCCGCAUCACCGCGGCCUGCGCCCACGACGCGACCAUGUGCAAGGACUGCGUCAGCCAGUGGAUCGGGUCAAGCAUGGACACCCAGAGCUGGGAUCAGCUGAAGUGUCCCGAGUGCCCGCAGCUCCUCCAGUUCGAGAACGUGCGCGCGCUCGCCGCUCAGCCAGUGUUCGAGAGGUACGACGUCCUAGCCGUGAAGGCGGUCCUGGCGAGAACCCCAGACUUUAUGUGGUGCCCCCGGGGGGAUUGCCGGUCCGGCCAGAUCUACCCGAAUGGAUGCUCGCAGGCGAAAUGCUCCGGCUGCGGGCACCUGAACUGCGUCCGGCACCACGUCCCCUGGCACGAGGGCGAGACGUGCGAGGAGUACGACCGCCGCGUCGAGGUGCACAAGAAGAACAACGAGGCCUCGGAGAAGCACGUCAAGGAGAUGUCGAAGCCCUGCCCGGGAUGUAGCAGGAACGUCCACAAGUACACCGGAUGCGACCAUAUAACUUGUGUCUGCCGCCAGGAAUGGUGCUGGCUAUGCUUCGGGGUGUACCACCAAGCCGUGCGCGGGGUGUGCGACCACAAGCCAGGAUGCCAAUACGCGGAAAACCGGCCGAUCAAUGGAGGCCACCACGAGGGCCCCCUGAUCUUCACAACCCGGCCGGUGAUGGGCUUCCAGCUAGAAAACCGGCCGAUCAAUGGAGGCCACCCACAGCCAACCGCCCCUCCCGCUGCUCCACAGGUAGUAAGGGGGGGAGGGAGAGCGGGCCAAGUUGGGAAUCCCCCGGCUCCGGCUGCGCCUCCUCCUCCAGAGGUGCGACCUGCGCCCGCGGCGCCGCGUCACGAGGGCCCCCUGAUCUUCACAACCCGGCCGGUGAUGGGCUUCCAGCUAGAAAACUCCAGCUAGAAAACCUGGUGCAUCGCGUGCGGUCCGCCAGGAGAAGGAGGGGGCCGAUUGGGUUAUGGGCAGGAUAAAGAGGGGGCCGAUUGGGUUAUGGGCAGGAUAAAGAGGGGGAUUUAGGCUGGUAGGCGUUUUUUUAAAAUAGGUAGACUAUGUAGGGUAGGGUGGUAGUAAUAACGAUGGUGCCAGUCUUCAUGUCAGUCUUCAUGCCUGCGUCCCGAGACGCGGCGCGAGACUGCGGCCAGCCGUGCACGGCAUCCCGCCCUAGCGCGUGCGGACCUACCAACACGGACAGCCAGAGAGAGAGAGAGAGGGAGAGCUUGCUGGCUGGCCGGGUUCCUCGACAGCACCCGCGGCUCCGGGCGCGAAUUCGCGCGUCUGCUGUGUCGGGGACGCCUCGGCAGAACGGAGCCGCACGCGCGAUGGGCUGCUGCCAGCUGCUCCGGCUACCUACAGCGUAUGGGUGGUGAAGGGAUCGAGGGAUCCACGAAUGGGCGUGGAUGAAGGUGGGUGGUGGAUGCGCGCCGGGGGUUGUUUUUGAGAACCUUUGUAGGUAGGUAAUGUGUACGCAGGUUCUGCGUAAGGUGGGUGUGUGGAUAUACGCAUAGGUACC